CCUGUAUCGCAUCAAAUCAUUGUGAUUCACGUUGUCCGGAUGCGAUCAUUGCAAAUGUCCGUGGCGUAACCAGAGCGCACGAAACAAUCCCAUAAAUACAAGCGUACCCUUCCAACACCCCGGGGCUUAGACCACGGACAGCUGCCUCGCCUUCGACCCUUUAUAUUUUUCACACCUCACAACCCCUAGGUAUGAAAAACGUUACCUGUUUCCAAUCCGCCAUGGAUUUCUUCCGCCGUCUUCGACUGCCGACCCUGGAAGGUCUGUCGAAGACCGCUACGCCCGUCCCCGUUGUAUCCGUCGAUCCUAAACUCCAGCUUCAGGCUCGGGCAACCAAGCAGGAGAUCAAGCCUGAUCCGGAGAACGAUGGCGAUAAUGAGCAAGAAUGUGCAGAUGAGGAGGAAUGGGUCGAUCGCCGCGAUUUUGAACACAUUCAAGCCAUCGAAGAUAGCGCUUUCAAGAAGCUGCUUCUGCAGCAUCUUGAUCCAAACAACGAGCUGGAGCCUGCGGACUGCACGAUCGAUUUUCGCGACCGAGGCACCUUCAAUCUCUGCGCUAUGCUUACACUGAAGGGCAAAGCGGGGCAUUUUGUUAUUAAAGUCCCCGCACACGGCACUGCGUCAGCGUGGACGGAUAGUGAUGCUUUCAAUCUCCGCAACGAAGUGUACAGCAUGAAGUACAUCCGCCGCCAUACCAAGGUCCCAGUUCCGGAAAUUUAUGGCUGGGACAAUACGCUCGACAACGUAAUUGGGGCGCCCUAUGUCAUCAUGGCUGUUGUAGAUGGCAUGCCGGCCUAUGAGCUCUGGAUCCCUACUAAUCCAGACGGCACAAAGAACUACCGUAACAUGGAUGAGCCUUCUCCGGAGCAUGCGGCCACUCGUCGCAAGUUUUUGAAGAACUUGGCUUCUACGAUGGCAGAACUACGGCAUCUUCAAUUCGAGCAAGCCGGGAUGCUUCAUUUUGAGGAAGAUCCCAAUGCUGAGGGUGCGAAGUCUCCUACGGUUGGCCAUUUCUUUGAGUACAAGGGCGAUGGCACCAUGAAGGAGUGUCCUGCUUAUUCGUCCACCCAGAAUUAUUUAAAGACUAAGUGGUACGAGUUCGGUGAAGCCAUCGAGGCCGAGGGCGAAAUGUCCGACGAGCUGUUCGGGGUGCAUCUCUUUUGUAACAUGGAGACGUUCGUGCUAACCCACCCUGAUCUUGACCUUCAGAAUGUCUUCGUAAACCGGGAAGGUGAGAUCACUGGUAUCAUCGACUGGGAUGGUGUUCGUGUCGUGCCUCGAUGCAUCGGCCACGCCGCGCUCCCGCUCUUUCUCCGCAAAGACUGGGAUUGCGACUACGAUAUCGACGACGCGGACCACAUGCCAUGGAUCUACAACUAUUACCGCAAUUUGUACUCUCAGUACGUGAAGGACGCGAUCAGCACUUCGGACGGCUCCUCCAUCGGCGACGCUAAGUUCACGCCCAAAUCAGGUCUAUAUUGCGCGGCAUGGGAAGCGAUGGAGAACCGCGGCGGGGCUAAGCCCGCCUUUGUUGACCGCAUGUUCAAAGAGAUCCCGGGGCUGCGCGCUGUGGACCAGGAGAAGUUUUUGAAGCGGCUAGGCGGUGAGGAAGGGUGGGCCCGCGCGGAGACGAUGUUGAUCUCUGAGUUGGGUAAGCUUUUCGCUCCUUAGGCCUUUGCUCGAUAGACAGCGCUACCGCAAAUUUCCUAGAUUUGAUUGAGACACCUACGUUUCUAUAGGGUGGCUCUGGUAAUCCUUUA